GUAGUUCAAUAUUAAUUCCAGCAGAUAGCGGUGUAGUUCACAAACUUCAAUGACGCAAUCAGCACAAACGCAACGAAGAAGAAAUAUCCCGGAAGUAGCCGCUAAAAAGUCUUUGGGAUCGAAAUAUAAUUGAUUUAUGUAAAAAAUGGCCUUUAUGUCUAAUAAUGAUGACUUGUUUGACUCUAUUACCAUGGCGGAUGACAGAUUUCAUGUUCAGGGUUAUCAAGAAGGAUUUGAGGAGGGGUUUCGACAGGGAACCAUCGAGGGGAAGAACCACGGGCGUCUGCAUGGUGCAAAACUCAGUGUCGAGGUUUCUUUUUAUUAUGGAUUUGCAGUCGCUUGGAAAUGUCUCCUUCAAAACAGUAGUGACAUUAAAGCGAGGAAGAGACUGAAAGCUGUGGAAUCAUUGGUUGGAGUGAUUGAGAAAUAUUCAUAUGAAGACCCACAGUAUGAGAAACAUCAAGAGGACAUGGAAAGAAUCCGUGCCAAGUUUCGGCAGGUGUGCUCUGUACUGAACGUGUCAACAGACUUUAAAGAGUAUGUGAAUGGAUCAACCGAUAUGUCAUUCUGAGACUCCAAGAGCUUUUGAGCAUCCAAGGAAGAAACUCGGAACACAUCUGAGAUCUCUUGAGUACAUGAGAGAUCAUCUGCUGGCAGCCAGCAUCGAGGAGUGCUGAUGUGCAGAGAGUAAAAGGGGACAGAUGUGUCACUCUUAAGAGUUUUGGGGUGGUUUAUUUAACCUGAAUGGCAUGUUUAGGAGUUUAAGAAUAGUGUGUUAAGGUUUUUUAAAGUGUUAUGUCCUGUGAAAAAUGACAAAAAUCAUUUUCAGGUAUGUUAAAUAAUUUCCCAGUAUUAUACAAAAAGAAAGUCACUUUUUAUAUGAAGGUUCCAACCCAAUAAUUAAGAUGGUUUAGCAUUUUCAGACAUAAUUUUUUAUUUUUGUAAGAUUUUUUUUAUCUGCACGGUCCUGUAUGUUCUGCAUUGUUCUGUACAAGAGUAUUGUCAGCGCCAUCUUGUGGUAAAAUCAGAGAAUACUUGUAAUUAAAUGACGCCGCCUGCUGGCGCGCAGCAAGUACUGCAGUUUUAGUUUGAUCUGUGUGGAUCUCAAAGAUGUUUAAUUAAGAAAUUAAGUAAAUAUAAAUACACGAUUAAGUAAUUAUUUUUUAUAACUUUAGAUAAAUAUGAGCAGUUGUGAGUUUUUGAUUCUUAAGAUGAUAAGUUGAUGAGUGUUUUUAUUAGACAUUUUUAAUAAAAUGAUUCUAAUUUUCUGUA